AUGACGACUCGUUUGCUCCAACUUACUCGUCCUCAUUAUAGAUUAUUAUCCUCACCUUUCCGCAAAAGCUCCAUCAUACAAAGGCAAAUGUCUGCUUCAAGCCCUUCUCCAGCCAAUAGCUAUUUGAACAUGAUUACUAAGUCUCUACAACAUAAUCUACAGACAUGGUUCCAUUUCGAACCAAACGAAAUCGACAUCAUUGAAUCACCCUCACAUUUUUACGACCUUCUAAAAUCAAAAAUUUCAAGCUCACAAAAGAGGAUCUUUAUUGCGUCCCUUUACUUAGGGAAAAGUGAAACUGAACUAAUUGACUGUAUAUCUCAAGCAUUGUCCAAAAAUCCCGAUUUGAAAGUUUCCUUUUUGUUGGAUGGCCUUCGAGGAACCAGGGAGUUGCCUUCCACCUGUUCUGCCACUUUGCUAUCAUCUCUAGUAGCCAAAUAUGGGUCUGAAAGAGUAGAUUGUCGAUUAUACAAGACUCCUGCUUACCACGGUUGGAAAAAAAUCGUAGUCCCUAAAAGGUUCAACGAAGGAUUAGGCCUGCAGCAUAUGAAGAUUUAUGGGUUUGAUAAUGAGAUAAUCCUCUCAGGCGCUAACCUUUCCAACGAUUAUUUUACUAACAGACAAGAUAGAUAUUAUCUCUUUAAAUCUGCGAAUUUCGCCAAUUAUUAUUUCAAACUACACCAACUUAUCAGUUCUUUCAGUUACCAGAUUGUAAAACCAAAAGUUGCUGGCAAUGUUAACAUCAUUUGGCCUGACUCGAACCCCACCAUUGAACCGAUGAAAAAUAAAAGAAAGUUUUUGAGGGAAGCUUCUCAAUUACUUGAGAAUUUCUUACAGAUUUCUAAACACAAUCAACCGAUUUCUCCACCGGGCCAAUUUUCCACUAUAGUCUACCCAAUUUCUCAGUUCACUCCACUUUUCCCUAAAUAUAAUGACAAAUCAACCRAAAAAUCAACGAUAUUGUCGUUGCUAUCGAAUAUAAAAAACACCUCUAUUUCUUGGACAUUCACCGCAGGAUACUUCAAUAUUCUCCCAGAAAUUAAAGCUAAUCUACUAGCCACACCGGUUACUGAAGCAAAUGUGAUAACGGCAUCGCCCUUUGCCAACGGAUUUUACCAAUCGAAGGGUGUCUCAUCAAAUUUACCUGGUGCCUACUUAUACUUAUCCAAAAAAUUUCUACAAGAUGUCUCUAGAUACAAUAAAGAUCAAGCUAUUACAUUACGGGAAUGGCAAAGGGGUGUAGUCAAUAAACCUAACGGAUGGUCAUAUCACGCAAAAGGUAUCUGGAUCUCGUCUCGUGACAACAACGAUAGCGAUAGUUGGAAACCCUUCAUAACCGUAAUAGGAUCUUCAAACUACACAAGAAGAGCCUACUCGUUAGAUUUGGAAUCAAAUGCUCUCAUUAUUACAAAAGAUGAAGAAUUAAGAAAUAAAAUGAAAGGCGAAUUAAAUGAUUUACUACAAUACACGAAACCUGUAACUUUAGAAGAUUUUAAGUCAGAUCCAGAAAGGCAUGUUGGAACUGGUGUUAAAAUAGCUACUUCUGUGUUGGGCAAAAAACUCUAA